CUUCAAUUCGCGCCAACUUCAAGCAUCUAUGCUGAUCAUUAUUUGCUGAGGCGCUACCUAUCAACAUAGCACACGCCCCUUGAUCCACCCUUCCCGCGUUGUUUUUGCUGCUUAUGCCUGGUGGUUAUAAUUUGUGCAAAACACAAAGGAACUCUACUGUUUUCUAAAACGGUUGAGCGAUGGCGUCCGAGCUGUCUCGGUUAAUUGAGGCGGAGCUCACAAGCCAGGGGUUUUACAAGGAUGCAAAGUCCAAGGAGCAGACUAUGGACGACGUGGAGGCACCGCAUCAAGUGCUAAACGGCAAGCUAAGAGUGGAGGCACGGGUCAAAGAGCAACAGCACCAGAAAACUCUACUCUCGUUUAAGCGUAGCAUCUGCAUAGGCGGAGGGGUGCUGGUGGUGGUAAUUCUGUGCAUGGUGCUUGCCUUCAAAGCCAAGUCGGUACCCGCAGGCAUCGUCCCCUCCGGAGCCGUCGCCUCCCGAACAAACCCUCCGCCGCCGGCCUCACAUUCCAGCACAGCCCCAGACGCCACCAAGUCGGGGUCUGGCGCAGCAGCCUCCGAUGAUGAUGAUGCUGGGGAAGCUAAGGACCCAUCCGCAGAGCAGCCAGACGCAGCGGCGCUAUCCUCACUGGACUCCUCCCCCUCUGAGGGCAAUGAUGGUGACGCUUCCAAGGAAGCAACGGAAGCGGAUGCCCUCGGCGAUUACAGCGGCAUCGGCAGCGGCGGCAACAACAGCACGUUAUCCCCGGAGCUUUCUGCGGAGGAGAUCGAGGAGGAGGAGAUUGAAAAGGAGAUCGAAGAGGAGCUUGAGGGGGAGGACUAUGAGGAGGGGCUUGGAGAGGAG